AUGGCGUCUUUAGGAAGUGGCCGGGGUCCUGCUUCCAGAGCGUUGAGGACAACGCGGCCGGGGGUGGAGCAGCGACUCAACCUCCAGAUCAGGCUGUCGGAGCGCACAGAACGCCCCGCUGACCUGGACAAGCUCAAGCCCUACGUCAUCGAACACAUCCUAGUCCUAUUGGUCGCCUCAGCGACGGGCCGCGGCUCCGCCAACGGGGAGCCAAAAAUAGGAAUUUAUAUGUUGAAUUCAGGAGGAAAGAAACUUUAUGUGAAGGAAAUGGAGUUGUUAUCCGAAGUGGAUAGCACUCUGGAGUUCAGCCCAGUCCUGCUGAGAGCAUCAGCGACAAACUUCACACAAGUGGCUACACUAGCCUGCAGAGGGUCUCUGCCAGGUCAGGGUAGAAGAUGCUCCAGUCAUAUUAGCCUACAGGUCCUGGGGAAUCACACAGUGAACACUUUCCCUGGCUUCCACAUCACACACAGGGGGUUGGAGCUGUCUAGUCUCUUCCAGGUGAGGCAGUGGGGGGCAGACCACGUGGACCUGUGGCUGUCCAACACUCUCCACUUCCCCCUCACCGUCCAGGACGCCACCCUCUCCCCAGAGUCCCAGGGCUUAUUCAAGGUGGUCAACUUCAACGGGCGGUGUCAGUGCCCCAGGGUGGCUGCUGGCGGCUCCUCUCCCUGCAGCUCCUCAACAGGAGCCUGCCCCUAA